AUGGCAAACACAGAAAAUUGUAAUGAUACGACUGGAAACUGUUCUUGUCAUCAUGGUUGGACAGGCAGAAACUGUGAAACUGAUAUUGUGGAAUGUGAUAAUGAGACCUUUUGUUCUGACAUCCAUUCUAGCUGCUUUAAUUUGAAUGGUUCUGCAGAAUGCAGGUGUGAAAUUGGAUAUGAGAAUUUCUCAAAUAAUGAAAGCUGCCUAGCCUGUAAUGCUACUCACUAUGGUCUGAACUGUGCCAACACCUGCAGCUGUAACCUAAACAACACAGUUGAUUGCAAUGACACCACAGGAGAAUGUCUGUGUGCAGCUGGUUGGAAUGGCACCACUUGUGAUGAAGAUGUCAAUGAGUGCCUUAAUGCCAGCUACUGUCCUGGUUACAUGGAGGUUUGCUUUAAUAUGAAUGGAUCAGCUGAAUGCAGGUGUGAGAUUGGGUUUCAAAGAAAUAUUGGAGAACAGAAUUGCCAAGCCUGCAAUGAGACUCACUAUGGCUUUGAAUGUUCAACCCCAUGCUCUUGUGUAUUGAAUAACACAGUGGAUUGCAAUGACACAACAGGAGAAUGCUCUUGUUAUUUUGGAUGGAAGGGCAUCAACUGUGAAACUGAUAUUGAUGAAUGUGAAAGCAAUAACUUUUGUUCUGACAUCCAUUCUAGAUGCCUAAAUUUAAAUGGAUCUGCAGAAUGCAUGUGUGACAUUGGAUUUGAGAAUUCCACAGAUUAUGAAGGUUGCCAAGCCUGUAAUGCUACUCACUAUGGUCUGAACUGUGCCAACACCUGCAGCUGUAACCUAAACAACACAGUUGAUUGCAAUGACACCACUGGAGAAUGUUUGUGUGCAGCUGGUUGGAAUGGCACCACUUGUGAUGAAGAUGUCAAUGAGUGCCUUAAUGCCAGCUACUGUCCUGGUUACAUGGAGGUUUGCUUUAAUAUGAAUGGAUCAGCUGAAUGCAGGUGUGAGAUUGGGUUCCAAAGAAAAAUUGGAGAAGAGAAUUGUAAAGCCUGCAAUGAGACUCACUAUGGCUAUGAAUGUUCAACCCCAUGCUCUUGUGUAUUGAAUAACACAGUGGAUUGCAAUGACACAACAGGAGAAUGCUCUUGUUAUUUUGGAUGGAAGGGCAUCAACUGUGAAACUGAUAUUAAUGAAUGCGAAAGCAAUAACUUUUGUUCUGACAUCCAUUCUAGAUGCCUUAAUUUAAAUGGAUCUGCAGAAUGCAUGUGUGACAUUGGAUUUGAGAAUUCCACAGAUUAUGAAGGUUGCCAAGCCUGUAAUGCUACCCACUAUGGUCUGAACUGUGCCAACACCUGCAGCUGUAACCUAAACAACACAGUUGAUUGCAAUGACACCACAGGAGAAUGUUUGUGUGCAGCUGGUUGGAAUGGCACCACUUGUGAUGAAGAUGUCAAUGAGUGCCUUAAUGCCAGCUACUGUCCUGGUUACAUGGAAGUUUGCUUUAAUAUGAAUGGAUCAGCUGAAUGCAGGUGUGAGAUUGGGUUCCAAAGAAAUAUUGGAGAACAGAAGUGCCAAGCCUGCAAUGAGACUCACUAUGGCUAUGAAUGUUCAACCCCAUGCUCUUGUGUAUUGAAUAACACAGUGGAUUGCAAUGACACAACAGGAGAAUGCUCUUGUUAUUUUGGAUGGAAUGGCAUGAACUGUGACAUUGAUAUUGAUGAAUGUGAAAGCAAUAACUUUUGUUCUGACAUCCAUUCUAGAUGCCUUAAUUUAAAUGGAUCUGCAGAAUGCAUGUGUGACAUUGGAUUUGAGAAUUCUACAGAUUAUGAAGGUUGCCAAGCAUGUAAUGCUACCCACUAUGGUCUGAACUGUGCCAACACAUGCAGCUGUAACCUAAACAACACAGAUGAUUGCAAUGACACCACUGGAGAAUGCACAUGUGUUAGUGGCUGGAAUGGCACUAUUUGUGAUGAAGAUGUGAAUGAAUGUCUGAAUAUGAGCUACUGUCUUGAAGCUAAUGAGAUCUGUUUUAACUUGAAUGGAUCUGCUGAAUGCAUUUGUGAUAUUGGUUUUCAAAGAGAGAACUUUGAUUAUCCAUGCAAAACUUGCAAUGAAACCUACUAUGGAUGGAACUGUGCAAAUCUUUGUAGCUGUUUCAUUAACAAUACAGCAGAUUGCAAUAGUAAAACUGGAGAGUGUUCAUGCUUAGAAGGUUGGAAAGGUACCUUAUGCGAUGAAGACAUUGAUGAGUGUCAAAAUACUAGCUAUUGUCUUGGUAUAAAUGAAGUUUGUCACAACCUACAAGGUUCGGCCGAAUGCUUAUGUGCUAUAGGCUUUGAAAGAUCAUCUAUGAAUUAUACAUGUGAAGCAUGCAAUGAUACAAGCUAUGGUGUUGAUUGUGCUGAAUCAUGCAGCUGUUUUAUGAACUACACUGUAGACUGUAAUGAUACCACAGGAGAAUGUUUGUGUAUCGAAGGCUGGGGUGGUGUAGACUGUGAUCAGGAUGUUAAUGAGUGUCUGAAUCCACACUAUUGUCUUGACGAUAAUGAAGUCUGUUAUAACACUAAUGGGUCUGCUGAGUGCAAGUGUAACAUCGGCUUUGAGCGAUUGAUAUACAAUAGCAGUUGUGAAGCAUGUAAUGAGACCCACUAUGGCCUUAAUUGUGAAAACACAUGCAGCUGCGACCUAGUCAACACGGCAGAUUGCAAUGAUGUGUCGGGAAAUUGUUCAUGUAGAUCUGGAUGGGAAGGUGUCAACUGUGAGGUGGACAUCAAUGAGUGUUUAAACUUGAGCUACUGUACAGGACCACAUGAAACUUGUCGUAAUUUGAACGGUUCAGCUGAAUGUCCAUGUGUCAUUGGGUUUGAAAAAGUUAAUAAUAUUUGUCAAGGCUGUAACGCAACUUCCUUUGGCAUAAACUGUGCUAAAACCUGCAGCUGUAACACGAGCCACACAAAAGACUGUAAUGAUGUUACAGGAGCUUGUGUCUGCAGCACUGGAUGGACGGGAGCCAACUGUUCAGCAGAUAUCAAUGAGUGUUUAAACGCAAGUUAUUGCUCAGGUGUUAAUGAAGAGUGUGUCAACUCUAUUGGAUCAGCAGAAUGUAUUUGUAAAAUUGGAUUUCAGAGAUCUGCAUCUGAUAACCGUUGUCAAGCAUGCAAUGAAACAUACUAUGGUCGUAACUGUGAAAACAAAUGCAUCUGCAACAUGACCUACACCAAAGACUGUGACAAUGCUACUGGAAACUGCAUUUGUAACUCCGGUUGGAAAGGCACUCGCUGUGAUGAGGACAUAGAUGAAUGUGCCACAACCAAUUAUUGCCCAGGGCCUUAUGAAGUCUGUAACAACCUAAUUGGCUCUGCUGAAUGCAAGUGUGAUAUAGGAUCUGUGAGAAACAUAUCUACUAAUCGCUGUCAGGCAUGUAACAAGACCCAAUAUGGCUUGAACUGCUCGAGUACUUGCACUUGUAGCAUGAAUAACACUGUAGAUUGUGAUGACAAAACAGGGAAGUGUUCAUGUUUAACUGGGUGGACAAACACUGAUUGUGAUGAAGAUAUCAAUGAGUGUCUGUCAAACAGUACUUGCCCUCAAGUAAAUGAAGUGUGUGUCAAUUUGAAUGGAUCCUAUAAAUGUAUAUGUGAUGACGGAUUUGAGAGAUCAAUUUUUAAUAACCGUUGUCAAGUAUGCAAUGGAACCUAUUACGGUUUUAACUGCUCAAGUGAAUGUAGCUGUGUAGUAGACCAUAUACUGAACUGUAAUGGAAGCACUGGAGAAUGUGAAUGUAAAUCUGGAUGGAAUGGUACAGACUGUGAACUGGAUAUUGAUGAGUGUGAAGAUCCUAACUACUGUAAACACUUACAUGAUAGCUGUUUUAAUUUAAAUGGCUCAGCUGAAUGUAGAUGUGAUGUUGGAUACCACAGAUAUGCAGAUGGCUCUUGUAUAGAGUGUGACACAACACAUUAUGGUCUCAACUGUAAGAUGAUCUGUUCCUGCACCAUGAGCAAUGUUAUUGACUGUAACAACACUUCAGGGUACUGCAUGUGUAAAAGUGGCUGGAAUGGCACUUUAUGUAAUGAAGAUAUUAAUGAGUGUUUGAACACAAGUUUCUGUGUGGACCUACAUGAACAGUGUUACAAUUUACCUGGGUCAGUUGAAUGUGGCUGUGAAUCUGGGUACUAUAAAGUUAAUGGAACUUGUAAAGAAUGUAAUGCAACAAGCUAUGGCCCAAACUGCAGAAGCAAAUGUACUUGUGUUUUCAACAACACAGCUGAUUGUAAUGAUACAUCUGGAGCUUGUUUAUGUAAAGGUGGCUGGAAUGGUACAAACUGUGAAUUAGAUAUAAAUGAAUGUCUUAAUAAAAGCUACUGUAUUGGUAUACAUGAAGAAUGUAACAACUUAAAGGGCUCAGCUGAAUGUCGAUGCGAACUAGGAUUUGAAAACAAUACUGGUGUUUGUCAAGCUUGCAAUUCGACUUAUUAUGGCUUCUACUGUGGGAACAAGUGUUCUUGUGUCAUGAACAACACAAUAGACUGCAAUGACACAACAGGGUCAUGUCUGUGUGCAUCAGGAUGGACUGGUACAAAAUGUGAUACAGAUAUCAAUGAAUGCUUAAAUACCAGCUACUGCUCAGGUCAACAUGAAAGGUGCAUCAAUCUUAUUGGGUCCGCUGAAUGUGGGUGUGUACCAGGGUAUGAAAAGCUUAACAGAACCUGUCAAGAAUGUAAUGAAACAUAUUAUGGACUAAACUGCAAUAGCCAGUGCAUUUGUAAUAUGAACAACACUAUAGACUGUGACAACGUAAAUGGUUCUUGUUCAUGCAUGGCUGGAUGGGGUGGUAUAUCCUGCAAUGAAGUCUGUAGUGCAACAACUUAUGGCCCAAACUGCAAAAACAAAUGUACUUGUGUUUUCAACAACACAGCUGAUUGUAAUGAUACAACUGGAGCUUGUUUAUGUAAAGGUGGCUGGAAUGGUACAAACUGUGAAUUAGAUAUAAAUGAAUGUCUAAAUAAAAGCUACUGUUUUGGUGUACAUGAAGAAUGUGACAACUUGCAAGGCUCAGCUGAAUGUCGAUGUGAACUAGGAUUUGAUAACAGAACUGGUGUUUGCCAAGCUUGCAACUCGACUUAUUAUGGCUUCUACUGUGGGAACAAGUGUUCUUGUGUCAUGAACAACACAAUAGACUGCAAUGACACAACAGGGUCAUGUCUGUGUGCAUUAGGAUGGACUGGGACAAAAUGUGAUACAGAUAUCAAUGAAUGCUUGAAUACCAGCUACUGCUUAGGUCAAUAUGAAAGGUGCAUCAAUCUUAUUGGAUCUGCAGAGUGUGAAUGUGUAACAGGGUAUGAAAAACAGAAUGGAACAUGUCAAGCAUGCAGUGAUGAUCAUUAUGGAGUGAACUGUAGCAAUGUCUGUAUUUGUAACAUGAGCAAUACAAUAGAUUGUGAUAAUGUACUUGGUUCUUGUUCUUGUAUGGCUGGAUGGAGUGGUACAAAAUGUAAUGAAGCUUGUGAUGCAACACAUUUUAGUAUCAACUGUACUCAGACAUGUCCAUGUUCUAUAAACAACACACAAGACUGUAAUGAUACAACAGGAUUUUGUUCCUGCAAACCUGGAUGGAGUGGGGCCAUUUGUGAUUUAUCUUGUGAUGCAAUCCAUUUUGGGGUCAACUGUUCCCAAAGUUGCUCAUGCCAUAUAAACAAUACAGCGGACUGUAAUGAUACAACAGGAUCUUGUUCAUGUAAAGCUGGAUGGAGUGGAGCUAAAUGUGAUAUAGCAUGUGAUAACACACAUUAUGGAGUGGAUUGUAUCAACCAAUGCAGUUGUAACAUGAGCAACACAAUAGACUGUAAUGAUGUAACUGGUUCUUGUUCCUGUAAGGCUGGAUGGAGUGGGGAGAAUUGUAAUUCAGCUUGUGAUGCAACACUUGCGGGCACAAAGUGUUACAAAGCAUGCACUUGUAAUGCCAGCAACACUGAAAAAUGUGAUGACAAAACAGGGUUUUGUACAUGUAAACCUGGCUGGAGUGGUGUCAGUUGUGAAACAGAUGUUUACCCAUAUGGUGCUAUUCAAAAUGACAACACCUUGCCAAAAAAUAAUGAGUUAGCUACUGGUAGUAUAUACAUAGAAGAUUUUAUUCCAUACCAACAAAGUUAUAUUAGUUCCAUAUGGGUAUCAGUGAAUGGGCUAAUAAGUCUAGAAAAAGAGUAUUCAAGUUUUAACCCCCAGAGGUUGCCUGUAUUGGACAAAAACAAUUACCAGCUCAAGCUGUUAGCAGUGUACUGGACUGAUCUUGAUAAUGUAGACAAUGAUAAUUGUAAUGUUUACUAUCAGAAAUAUGACCUCAAUUCCAUCAAUCCUUUGGCUGGUAAAGUAUUUGCCAAAGCCAAUGCAGAUGUUUCAGAAUUCUCUAAAAGUAACUACACUGCCACAACUGUCAUAGUAGUUACAUGGGAAAAUGUCCCAGCUCAUGACACAAAUGGAAGUUUAGAAGAACGUGUUUCAUUCCAAUGCAUAUUAAUAUCAGAUGGACAUACUACAUAUGCCAUAUACAAAUACAUUAAUGGUGCAAUGAAAUUUAAACCAUUAUCAGCCAGAAUAGUUGAAGUUGGUUGGGCAAGUUUUAGUUUUGAUACUUCACUAGCAAGUUACUACAGCUUUGAUAAAGUUGUGGGUAAUGAUAAUAGAACACGUGGCUACUGGAUUUUUAAAAUAGGGGAGAAAGAGAACUUCAGAAGAAAGUGUCGAGCCUGGUUUAAUGCAAACCAAGUAGAGCUACAAAAUAUAACAAACUGGAACCAAAAUUUAUUGCCUGCAUGCCCUUGCAAUGAAGUUGCUACAAGAAACAGCCCAAUAUGGAUUCAAAGCUUUGAAGCACAGCAAAGAGGAAACUGUUUUGAUCUCUUGCCUUUUUAUGGAGAUUUAGGAAGGAGAUGUUGCUACAGUGCUAAUGAAGGCUCAGGUUUUUUAAAUACAUUCCCACAAGCUGGAAGUCUCCAGAGAUAUAAUUCUCUCAAUGACAACAUUUACAAAGAACAUAUUCAGUAUGACGAAGACCCUAAAGAUUGGUGUUGUACACAGUCCAACUUGUGUGAUCUGUAUUAUACUUUACGACCUGUUAGGUCUUGCACUGGAAGUAACUGGGUCAGGGGAUUUUUUUUUGGAGACCCUCACAUUGUCACCUUGGAUCAACGAUCAUUUAUUUUUAAUGGAAUUGGAGAAUAUACAUUAGUGAAAAUUGUGCAAACUAACCAAAACAGUGUAAAUUUUACAUUGCAGGGUCGUACCUGUCAAGCUAGAAACAGCCAGGGAAACGAAACACUAGCUACUAUUUGGUGUGCUUUGUCUAUAAGAACUGGAAUUGACAAUUCAUUAAGAGUUGAGAUCAGCAAUUCUAGAAAAGUUAUGGUUAUUUAUGCUAACAAUCGAGAUUAUACAAAAGAACCUGAUUAUACAAAAGAACCUGAGUUUUUAAUAAAAGACAAUGGAAUUUUUUUGAGAAGGCAAAAUGGGUCUCUCUCAGCUUCUCUACCAGAUAGCAUUGGCAUUACUGUGACUCUGGUUAAUGAGUUACUAGAAUUCUCACUAACCCUGGACAAAAAAUAUCAAAACAUGACCACUGGUCUUUUAGGAAACUUUAAUGGGGACAAAACUGAUGAUUUUAUUUUCCCAAAUGGGACACAGCUAUCAAAUAAUUCAACUGAGAAACAGCUUUUUGAAUAUGGCAAAACAUGGGCCAUAACACCAAAUGAAAGUCUGUUCCAGUAUGGCCAUGGGCAGAAUACAACUACAUUUUCAAACUCAAGCUUCACACCUUUAUUUUUUGAUGAACAAAAUGCUACAACAAUUGCAGAAGCUGAAGAGUUUUGUAAUGGGUCAGGAAAUCUUCCAUGUAUUUUUGACUUUAUUGCUACACAGAAUGAAAAAAUUGCUAAAACAUCAUUAAAAUCAUCUGAUGAUUUUGAUAGAAUAUCAGUCAGUACAGCUAAUCAAGCACCAGUGUUAACUGUGAACACAACUAAAGUUAGAGCUUCUCUUAAUACAACUUUCACCUUGACUCUGACAACAUUUGAUCCUGAUGGUCCAUAUGUUAAUGUUGUUUCAUUGAGUAGUAAUUACUCUGUUAAAAAUAUUCAUAAACGAGAAGCAUCACAAACAUCAACUUCAACUAUUACAGUAUCAGUAAAUUCUGAAAAAAAUAAUUAUUUAUUUUCAUCAGUUGAUAAUAAAGGACUACAUUCAGAAAGUAUUGCCAUUAAUAUUUCUGUUUGUACUGGAUGCAGUCAGCAUGGAACUUGUGAUGAAAAAACACUGAGAUCAACUUCAAAUCCAUAUUAUUAUUUUGAAGCCUGUAACUGUUCCAUUGGCUAUACAGGUGCAGACUGUGAAAAAGACAAAGAUGGUUGUGCUACCAAUCCUUGCCCAAACAUAACAGGCUGUGUAGAUAUACCAGCUUUAGAUGAAACAGUCAAAGGGUUAUCGUACAGAUGUGAAAAUUGUCCUAAGGGAUUUAAAUUAAAUGAAAAUAAAACAAAGUGUGAAGAUAUCAAUGAAUGUAGUAAUGCUUUUCCAUGUGGUGGAAAUGCUGUCUGUGAGAACACUUAUGGGAGUUUUAUUUGCAAUUGUCCAAUAGGAUUCAGAAAAUCUGGAACUUUACAUUGUUCAGAUAUAAAUGAAUGCUUGGAGAAAUUAGAUACUUGUGAUCAACUGUGCAAUAAUAGUUUUGGAAGUUAUGUUUGCAGCUGCUACACUGGUUUUUCUAGAGCAAGUGGAAAAUGUGAAUUAACUGCAGAAGAUCCAUGUGGAUUAAUAAACAAGACAUGUGAAUACAAGUGUCGCAAUAACAGUAAUGGAGCAGAAUGUUUUUGUGAAAAAGGAUACAAAUUAAAAGCAAAUGGCAAUUCUUGUGAAGAUAUAGAUGAAUGUGAAGAGAAAAUCUGUUCACAAAUUUGUAGUAACACAAUUGGAGGAUUUGAGUGUUCAUGCUACACAGGAUAUAAACUAAAUGAAAAUGACAUUCGUACUUGUGAAGUAUGCCAAGACAAUACAUAUGGUGAAAAUUGUGGCAAUACAUGCCAGUGUAAAGGACGGGCUGUAAGAUGUGAUAAUGUUAAAGGCUGUAUUUGUCAAAGCAAUUGGACAGGAGCAUCAUGUGAAACAGAUGUGGAUGAAUGUGCUAUUAAACCUGAUGUCUGUCCUGUUGAUCAUAAAUGUACAAAUACACAAGGCUCUUAUACUUGUGAUUGUCCUGUGGGUUAUAAAAAUGACAAUGGAACAUGUUCCAACAUUAAUGAGUGUGAAAUAAGAAACAGUUGCCCCCAAAACUGCACAGAUACAACAGGGUCAUUUAUUUGUGAAUGCUAUGAGGGAUUUUUAAAGUGGCCUAAUGGCACUUGUCUAGACAUUGAUGAAUGUGCAAAUAACAAAUCUGGCUGUGAACAGAAAUGUAUCAAUGUCCCAGGAAGUAGCAACUGUGACUGUCAUCCAGGUUACAGGUUAAAAGAUGACAGGAAGACAUGUGAAAAAGAUGUUGUGGACCCAUGCAAAAGCUCUGCCCUAAACUGUGAAAAAGGAUGUACACUAAAAAAUGACUCACCACAAUGUUUUUGUCCUAUUGGCUUCAUUAACUUCAUGCUAAGUUCAAACCUAUCUGGUUGUCUAGAUAUUGAUGAAUGUGCAACACAAAACAUAUGCCAAGAAACAUGUGAAAAUACAAAUGGAUCAUAUAAUUGUUCAUGCCCUAAAGGAUACAAGCUUCAAAACAAUAAGCAAAACUGUUCUGUGUGUGAUGCCUAUCACUGGGGAGAGAACUGUGCCACAGAAUGUAAUUGCAGCACAAGAGGUACAUCAAGAUGUGACCCCACACAAGGAUGUCAGUGUAAAGCUGGCUGGGCAGGAACUUGGUGCCGGGAUGAUAUUGAUGAAUGCUCAAGUCUUGUACCACCAUGUCCUGAAACAAGUUGUGUCAACACAUUUGGCUCUUUUUAUUGUCAGUGUAACCAGGGAUAUUCUUUAGUAAACAAUACUUGUACAGAUGUGAAUGAAUGUUUGAGUUCCCCAUGUGACCAGAUCUGUACAGACACACAAGGCAGCUUCAAGUGCUCUUGUUAUUCUCAAGGUUUUUUUUACAAUGGAACAAAAUGCUAUGAUAUUGAUGAAUGUUCUGUAAAAGAUUUAAAUAAUUGUGACCAAAAAUGUCGCAAUACUGAAGGAGGGUUUGCUUGUGAAUGUGAUGAGGGUUAUGAGCUGAAUGUGACUUCAAGGAACACUUGUUUUUUAAGUGAUGUUAGCCAAGCGUGUCCUACAAAGAACAGAUGUAACCAGCAUUGUGUUCUAUUAAACAACACACAAAUCUGCUCCUGUAAGAUGGGAUACAACAUCUUAAAAAAUGGCAGUUGUGAUGACAUAAAUGAGUGUGAAAAUAAUACUUGUGUUAAUGGUAUCUGCAAUAACCUUGAAGGCACCUUCUCAUGUGUGUGUAGCAAUGGAACAAAGUUGAUGAAUGAUAAAAAAACUUGUUUAGCUUGUCAACAUGGAUAUUAUGGCUAUGAGUGUGCUGAAAACUGCUCCUGUAACACAACAAACACCACACCUCAAAUCUGCUCUGCUGAGAAUGGAACCUGCGAUUGUUUAACUGGUUGGACUGGUGCUGAUUGCAGCACUGAUAUAAAUGAAUGCAACCAGGCUAAGAAUGUAUGCCCAAAUAAUUCAGACUGUGUCAACUCACUUGGUUCAUAUAAAUGUGUUUGUAACAUAGGAUUCUUUAGCUCGUCUGGGGUUUGUAAAUCAUGUGAUGAGAACCACUAUGGCCAGGACUGUAAGAAGAUUUGUACAUGUGUAAAAGACAACAGCAAUAACUGCAAUGCUGUCAAUGGAACCUGCACAUGUAAACCAGGUUGGACUGGCUCUAGCUGUGAAACAGAUCUAGAUGAGUGUUUGAACACCAGCUACUGCCCAGAUAUACAUGAGAGUUGUUUUAAUUUGAAUGGGUCUGUAGAGUGUAGAUGUCAUCCAGGGUAUCAGAGAAUUGAUGGAUCUAACUGUAAAGCAUGUGAUGAGAACCACUAUGGCCAGGACUGUAAGAAGAUUUGUACAUGUGUAAAAGACAACAGCAAUAACUGCAAUGCUGUCAAUGGAACCUGCACAUGUAAACCAGGUUGGACUGGCUCUAGCUGUGAAACAGAUAUAGAUGAGUGUUUGAACACCAGCUACUGCCCAGAUAUACAUGAGAGUUGUUUUAAUUUGAAUGGAUCAGUAGAGUGUAGAUGUCGUCGAGGAUAUGAGAGAAUUAAUGUAUCUAACUGCACAGAUAUAAAUGAGUGUUUAGAUCCCAACUACUCUUGUGGUGAGACAAAACAGUGUAACAACAGAGACGGCUCUUAUGAUUGUGUAUGUAAACAAGGAUAUCUUUAUGUCAGCAGCAAUGAGCCUUGUAAAGUCAACUUCAAAAGUUUUUCGUUACGUUUCGAAUUAAACAUUGUUACAGCCCCUAACAUUUUUGUUAACAAUACUAAAGAAUUUUUCUCAUUUAAAAGAAAUGUUGAGGAUAGUUUAAACAGAUUAGGUGGAAAUAAAGUUGGAAAAGAAAUUAUGCCAUUCGUGGUUACAAAAUUUACAAAUGGGUCUGUCAUUGUUCAUACCGCUAUUGUGAUAGACCUAUCACACUCAGGCACCCCCGCAUUUGCAGCAUCACUAUAUGCAGAAACUUUGCAGAAGAGUCCCAAUUUCACUGUAGGAUCAAUAGUGGCAGAAAUUUUGAAUAUCUCAGUUAAUGACCAGCCAAUUCUGAGUGUAUGUGAUCUGGUUUUGAAACUUCAAACAUGUAAAGCAAAUGAAAAUUGUAGUGAGAACACACAAGAUAUAUCAAUGUGUAAACCAGGUUCAAGAACUGAAGACAAAAGAAAUCUAAUUCUUGGCCUAACAAUUGGAAUUGUGAUAUUUUUAUUAAUAUUUGUUGCUGUUUGUGUGUACGUGUGUUGUUUAAAAAAAAGAUUUACAGCAAGAGACUCAACUAAUCAAACAUCCCCUAGUGAGUUAUUUGCUAAGCAAAUUGCAACUAAAGAAAGAACAGGUUAUUAUCACUUGAAUAAUUCUGAGAUGCAUGCAAGCUAUGGCAAUAUAGAAUACAACAGAUAUAAAACAUUGAUUGUACGAUCAAACAGUUCAGAACUUUCUCCUACUUUAAAUGCUGACCUAACUAUUCCUCACUAUGAAAAUUAUCCAGGCAAUAAAGGAAUUGUAUCCAACUUUUCUUGGAAAAAAUUAAUGCCUUUGUUGGAGCGAAAUACUGGGUUUGCUUUGAAAAGACCAACAUUUGAAAGAGAUCCAAACCCUACUUUCAAUGUAAGUGAAAAAGAUGUCUCAACGUUUUAAAAUAGAAGAUUUAAUAGAAAUAGAAUAGUUAAUAACUUUACAAUUUACCUUGAUGUUGUAAUUGCUUUAAUAUACUGACUUCAAAAACCAGAAUGUUAAUCUAACAUUUCAACUCUGAAUAUUAAAUUUUUGUGUUUCAUAAUAAUUAAUAGAAUUAACAAACUUAAUGAGAUUACACUUUUAACUAAUUCAUGAGUAUAAAAUUCAAGGUUUUCUUCAUUUUAAAAUGUUUGUUUGAUAUACUUCUAUUUUGGUUAAGAUCAUUUUUACAAAAAUCUGUUAUUAAAUGCAAAGUACCUGUGCUAAACGUAUAUCAUGUCAGAUAAUAGACUAAGUCCUGCCUUAUUUUAUGGAAGUCCACGAGAGUUUGUAUUUGUUGACUAGUUCUUCAUGUAGCUGCUGACAUAGUGAAAAAGGGGCCACAAUACAAAAAGCUUUUUUUUAUAUAUUUAGUACUCUUCAAACACCUUUAAAUAUUGUGAUACCAUGAGGUGUCUAAAUGGCCCACUAUGCGUUUUGCAUAUUCUUGUUUAUGUAUGUUUAUUUUAAAUUCUUUUUAUUGAAUACAAGUAAACUUAAGUUUUAAAUUUUUUAAUGAAUCUCAACUGUUAAAAUAUUUUUGUAGACUAAUGAAAAUUGAACUUUGGAUUACUCAAACAAAUAAACAAUAGAAAAAUGUAGACAGCGUUAAAUAUCUAGUUCAAAAAAAGAUUAAAAAGAUAACAAGGUUUAUUUUCUUCAGUAUCCAUGGUUAAAAUAGUAUGUAAUCAUUGUAAGUAAAUAAAAACAAUUUGAAUUUCAUAAAAUCAGUUUGUUGUUAAA